CUGCACUUGGUCUUUGAACAGGAAGUAGACCAGAGGUAGGCAACAGUCCUGCGUUGAUCAUGAUGCAACUCACGUCUCUGUGUCUGACGCUUGUGUGUCUCCAUCUCUCUCCUUACUCCUCUCAGUUAUUUCGUUACUCCACCAUUAAUAUUAGCUGUGGAAAAGACUCCAGCGCCACCGUAUGGAAGGUAAAAAGAAGAACCUUGGGGGGCAGCGUCACAUCCUGCUCCUCGGGCUGGGGCUCUUCUUUGUCCUCCAGUUCCACCUGUGUCAUAGGGCACACCUACCCCUCUGACAGCGGCCUCUACUGGUGUGAGUCUGAUGAUGGCAGACAGAGUCUCAUGGCCAACAUCACCAUCUCAGAUAAGUCCGUGGUCUUAGAGAGCCCCCCUGGUCCAGUCCCUGAAGGAUCCAACGUGACUCUGCGCUGCAGAACCAGGACCGCGUCGUCGUCUGAGCGUCUGUUUUCUUUCUACAAGGACGGUCAUCUGAUCAGCAGCAGCUCCACUGCAGAGCUGUCCAUCUACAACGUCUCUACAUCUGACCAGGGUCUCUACAGGUGCCACCUUCACCAGGGGGACCAGUCUCUCCACAGCCUGCUGCAAGUCCAAAGUCAUGUGUUCGCUUCACCAGAAGGUCCAGCAUCCUCAUGUGCACCACCUGCUUUUACAAUCAUACGCCACCUGCUGGUGGGAAGUCCCUUCCUCCUGUCCACUAUCUUCAUGACACUUGUUCACAGGAACAGGAAUCAAGCAGCUAGGAAUCUUCCAGAGCGAACGCUCAGUGAUGAUGUCAUCAUGGAAGUAGUCUCAUAGCAGUGCUGUUGUGAAACUAUUGUCCCUCCUGGUUCUCUGGCCUCUUCCAACUCUUCUCUGACGAAAGUGAUUUUUCUGUGGUUGUUUAGCAGAACUGUGUCAGUGGUUUGUUUCUCAGUUGAAACAGAGAAAAGGAAGAGGAAACUUUAAAAAAAAAGCUGUGAACAAAUCUUACAGUGGAGUUUCAUCUGCGGCCAAGCCACAGUGCAACCAGUUCUGCAUUUGUGUUUCUGCAAUGGCAAUAUGGAUUGAAAAGCAGUUAAAGUUUAGACCAGUCAGACAAACUGUACACGUUAGCGUAGAUAAUCGUUAACAAUUAACCAAAACAUCUGGAGAUUGUAUCGAAAUAAAAAAUUCUCAAUAAAAAAAAGCUUCGAUUUGCCACGAA